AUGCGCCUCGCCUGGUCACCAGCAAGCUGCCUCCCUCCCGCCUUCCUAUCUGUUUUGUGUGUGUGCGUACACAUAACGUCACGUGCGGGUGAUUUUCAGAUUGGUUGCGACUGGGGCACCUCGCCUGAGGGUCAGUCCCUCCUGGCGUCCUCAGUUUUCACGGGCAUGAUGUUGGCGAGCAGUGCCUGGGGGGUGGUGGCGGACCUGGCGGGAAGGAAGGCGGCAUUCGGCGCGGCUGCGGGUUUGGCAGCCUCCGCCGGAUUCGCUAGCGCCUUCGCACCCACCUUCACCUGGCUGGUGGUCCUGCGGCUCCUGGUGGGGGCCGGGCUGGUGGGGGUGCUGCCCAUGUACACGUUGUUGGAAGAGUGGCUCCCGAAGGACAGCUGUGGCAAGGGCAAGUGGCUGGUGGCGCUGCAGGCCUGGUGGAGUGUGGGUACGGUGCUGGAGGGGCUGUUGGCCUUGUGGUUGCUCAACUCGUACGGCUGGAGGGCGCUGCUGGCUGCGUCCUCCAUUCCCCUCGGUUGCAUCCUGUUGGCAUUACCGCUGGUUUCCGAGUCGCCUCACUAUCUCGCCGCGUCUGGUCGGAUGGCGGAGGCGCACCGCGUGCUGGCGCUGGCAGCCCGCCGUAACGGCACCUCGUCGCGGCUGCGGCAGCACCUCCAUUUCCACCGCAACAAGGUGGAUCCGACCCUUGAGCAGCAUCUGCGCAUGGCGGAGCUACCGGACGAGGAGGAGGGGCUGCUGCUGCUGCCAUCGCCGCCGCGGCGGCGGCAGGUGGGAUUGCCGGCGCCUGUGACGGAGGGCGGAAAUGUGGACAGCCCUGUGCCCGCCGGCGGCGGCGUUGCCGCCGCCGCAUCUGGGAAUGGUUUUGAUUACGUUGCAGUUGAUGAUGAGCGGCCAUUGGGGCGGGAGGUCGGCGUCCCGUCGGCGGAGGAGGCGCCCUUGGAAGUGGAAACAGCGCCGACGACGGGACGGAGCCCCUCGUCUGGUGUAUACUGCGGCCGCGGCGGCGGCGCCUGCGCGUUGUGCCGCCGUUGCUGUAGCGGCAGCGCUGACGGUGACGCUGACGGCAAUGGCGCAGUGGAUGGUGUUUGCUGCUUCGGUAAGCGGAGCGGCGACAGCGGCUGUUGCUGUGAUGGCGAUGGCGGCGCCGUCGCCAGGGCCGCCGCUGUCGCGGGCUGGUGCCGUGAGCUAGCGGCGCUCGGACGCAUUUUGCUGGGGCCGGAGCUGUACGGCCGUACGUGGCGUCUGGCGAUUAGUUGGUUCGCCUGCGCGCUGUCGUACUAUGGUGUCGUUAUGCUCGUGCCGUGGGUCGCCGCAGGCAGUCUGCAUAUGCGUGACGGCGGCGGGGCCGCUGCCGUCGCCACUGCAGCCGCCGCCGGCAGCUGUGUGCCUUGGCCCAGUGGUGGCGGGAUGCAUUUGGUGCUGCCGCUCGGCGCUUACGUAAGCAUGAUGGGGGCCGCCGCAGCGGAGCUGCCCUCCCUCGCGUGGGCCUUCCUGGCGGUGGACCGCUGGAAAAGUCGUACAGUCGUCGCGCUGAGCCUCAUUGCCACGGCGGCGGCGCUAGCGCCGCUGGUCCUGGCACAGGUUGGCGGCAGCGCCGCCGCCGCCGAAAACAUGCCGGCCCUGACGGCGCCACCGCCGCCGCCGCUGCACCCGGCAGCGGAUACGGCAGACGGUACGGCAGGGCCGGUGGCGGUGAUGCGGCGGCAGAUGCACCCUGCCUGGCUGACGUCGUCGGCGUCGUGGUGGCUGCCGCUGGCGUCUGUGCUGCUGGCGCGCCUUUUCGUGUCCGGCGCCUUCACGUUGUUGUACGUCCUGACGCCGGAGCAAUACCCGUCGAGGGUCCGUGGGUCGGCGCUGGGCGCCGCCAACACACUGGCGCGGUUGGGCGCGCUGGCGGCGCCGUUCGUGGCGGUUGCGCUGCCGCAGCGCGGCGCCCUGCCGGGUGCCCUGGGGCUGAUGGCGGUGAGCUGCGGCGCGGCGGCGCUGGCCGUGUGGGGCCUGCGCGGCGAGGGAGGGGGAGAGAAGCGGGAGGGUGUGUAA